AUGUUUUUGAAGGAGGGAAACAGUGAAAUGCGGUUGAGCGGAGCUACGUUCUUGAAGGGCGCUGUUGAUGAUUUCAAUGCAUGUGAGUCCCCUGUUUUAUCAUCCGGAAGCAGUUUGGUUCUUACAAGUCCUGCUCUGAGCACCUCAGACACGUGCCGAUCUGCGAUGCGUGAAACCAUCCCUUCCGUUUGUGCUGGCGCAGGCCUCAGCAGUCGCUGCUCAACUGAUUGCACUGUGCUGAAGUGUGUGAACCCGCUGCAUGUUAAGUUCCAGGAGCCGUCAGGGUUGUCAGGGGCUGAUUCAGUGGACUCGUUUGACUCGUUGGGUGACCUUUCCGAGUUGCAUGAGGAACAUCAACAUGUUUCUUCUGUUGCCUCUGAAAAGCCUUUGACCCUUCACGAUGUGCCGGAAUCCGUCCUGUAUGGUGCCAUUCCAUACCUUUCCCUUCCAGACGUCAUUGCCUUAUCACGGACAUGUAAGAAGUUUCACAAACUGGUGCAGGGAUACUUUGCAGUGAAUGAGCAUGGCGUGAUGAGCAUCCCCGCCUUUGACACCCGCAGCUUCAUGCAGUACCGUCCAGAGAGGAAACCUCCGGUAACGAAGGCGUCAUCUAUGGAACCCGCAACGAAAGCUUCGGACGUGAAACCCAUCCGUCUGUUUUUUGGCCAGCAACGACGGGACCCACACCCCUCAGCUCUACGGCGUCUGCUGCGCUUCAUUGCACCUGACCUUGUGAUUGCUCACAUGGAGGCUCACACGAACCCAGUUAACGGUCGUGGCAAAGGCUGCGCGUGGGUGUUCGCCCUGUCACAAUUGGAUGCGGAGCGACUGUUACGACUCAGUGGGCGUAUCUUCCUUGACAUAAAUUCUAAUGGUGAGGAGGUAUACCUGUUCGCUCCCCCUAACUGCCGAGAGUGGUUGAAUGAGCACGCGGAGUGUGCAGUCGCUUCCGCAGUUCGUCCAAGUCACUUGCCACGACAGCCGAUGGUUGUGGAAGCCCCCAGGAAGUCGAGUGCCAAAGUGGAGAAGGGGUUGGAACAAUGUGUGCGUCCCCAUCCACAACAUCGCGGUGUUACGGAGCAGCAGGCACCCGUCGCGGCGGCCCAGCAGAUGCCCGACUCUGUGGAACCAUUGGUACGAGUUGGGUCUCCACAGGAUGAGGGCCUGCAGCAGCAGGAGCGGCCGUCCGAGGCGUGGACGACCAGCAAUCAUUCGCAAGGCGACUCAACACACGGAAGGCGCAGGUCAGGGGAGGCUCUGCAGUCGGGUGAGUCCACACCUGAGCGUUUGCAAGCAAGGCGCCGCCCAUGGUUGGUUGCGGCGGAUGCUUCAGCCACUCAGCGUGCCAGGGAACUUCGGUUUUGCAGCAAUUCCUCAACUUCUCUUCAUCAUGAAAUGUGGGGAUUCCACCCGGGAGCACGCCUUGGCUCUGGGGUAGGCGGUGACAGAUUUAUUGCGUGUCCCGAGACGACAACACGCACUGUGCCCCACAACGUGUACACAAGCACUAUAUGGACAGGCCCUAGGCGGUUCCGGCACGACCCGUACGUGUACGGCCCACUGUGCGUACUAGCGGCAUCUUAG